AUAUAGUAAAUGCAGGGUCCUGGGGAGACCUAGAUAUAGUAAAUGCAGGGUCUGGGAGACCAAUAUAGUAAAUGCAGGAUAUAGUGAAUGCAGGGUCUGGGGAGACCUAAUAUAGUGAAUGCAGGGUCCGGGGAGACCAGGUAUAGUGAAUGCAGGGUCUGGGGAGACCUGAUAUCGUGAAUGCAGGGUCCUGGGAGGCCGGAUAUAGUGAAUGCAGGGCCCGGGGUGGACCAGAUAUAGUGAAUACAGGGCCCGGGGUGGACCAGAUAUAGUGAAUACAGGGUCCUGGGAGACCGGAUAUAGUGAAUGCAGGGCCCAGGGUGGACCAGAUAUAGUGAAUGCAGGGUCCGGGGAGAGCGGAUAUAGUGAAUGCAGGGUCCAGGGAGACCGGAUAUAGUGAAUGCAGGGUCCUGGG